AUGGGAAACGUUUGCUCAGUCUCCUUCGAGGACAUCACUGGCCGCUGCUGUGAUUGCACUGCUGCUCGAGCAAAUUACGUAUGCAAACUUGAAGAAAAUCGGGUGACUUUGAGAACAGAGCUCCAAAAAUUAAGGGAGUUAAGGAACGAUGUGAAUAGGAGGGUGAAUGUGGCUGAGAGGCAACAAAUGAGGCGUCUGGAUCAAGUACAAGGCUGGCUUUCCAAGGUGGAAGCUAUGGAAACUGAAGUCACUCAACUGAUUGGAGAUGGUGCAGAGACCAUUGAUGAGAAAGGAUUAUCUGGUAGUUGCUAUCCCAAGCAUUGCAUCUUCAGCUACAAGUUGGGAAAGAAAGUGGCCAGAAAGCUACAACAAGUGGCUACUUUGAUGAGCGAAGGACGUUUUGAGGUGGUGGCUGAUAGUGUACCUCCAGAUCCUGUGGAGGAAAUACCCAGCAAACCCACUGUGGGAUUGGAAUCAGAAUUUGACACAGUUUGGAGGAGUCUAGGAGAAGAACAUGUGGGGAUCAUCGGCUUAUAUGGGUUGGGGGGCGUUGGCAAGACCACCCUUUUGAGCCAAAUCAACAAUCAUUUCCUUAAAACAUCCCACAAUUUUGAUGUCGUAAUUUGGGUAGUGGUUUCCAAAACUCCGAACCUAGACGAGGUUCAGAACGAGAUUUGGGAGAAGGUGGGAUUCUGUGAUGAUAAAUGGAAAAUCAAAAGCCGCCAUGUGGAAGCCAAAGACAUCUGGAAAGCCUUGAGCAAAAAGAGGUUUGUGGUGUUGUUGGAUGACCUGUGGGAGCAAAUGGAUCUAUUAGAAGUGGGAAUUCCACCUCCCCACCAACAAAAUAAGUCCAAGCUAAUAUUCACCACUCGAUCUCUAGACUUGUGCGGCCAAAUGGGAGCUCAGAAGAAGAUCAAAGUGAAAUCUUUAGCAUGGAACGAUUCGUGGGAUUUGUUUAAAAAAUAUGUGGGAGAGGACGCCCUUAAUUCUGAUCCAGAAAUCCCUGAGCUUGCUGAAAUUGUUGCAAGAGAGUGUUGCGGUUUGCCGCUGGUGAUAAUUACUAUAGGGCAAGCCAUGGCUUGUAAAGUGACACCCCUAGAUUGGAAGCAUGCAAUUAGAGUACUACAAACAUGUGCUUCAAAAUUUCCAGGUAUGGGGCAUCGAGUGUACCCACUUUUGAAAUAUAGCUAUGAUAGUUUACCCUCAAUAGUUCAAUCUUGCUUCUUAUAUUGUUCUUUAUUCCCAGAAGAUGUUACCAUAAGUAAAGAUCUUUUGAUAUAUCAUUGGAUUUGUGAGGGAUUUUUAGAUGAAUUUGAUGACAUGGAUGGAGCCAAAAAUCAAGGAUUCAACAUUAUCAGUACCCUUGUUCAUGCAUGUCUACUAGAUGAAACUUCAGAUGCUUACCGUGUAAAAUUGCAUGAUGUGAUCCGUGAUAUGGCCGUGUGGAUAACCGGUGACAUGGGGGAGAUGAAGGGCAAGUUUUUGGUACAAACAAAGGCCGGUUUGACCCAAGCACCAGAGUUUGAUAAAUGGAGGAUGGCAGAAAGGAUAUCACUGAUGGCCAACCAAAUUGAGAAGUUAAUGGGAUCACCCACAUGCCCUAAUCUCUCGACACUUCUUCUAGAUUUUAAUAGUGAUUUGAAGAUGAUAAGCUAUGGUUUUUUCCAAUUUAUGCCCAAUCUAAGAGUAUUGAGCGUAUCAGACACCAAAAUAGUUGAGUUACCAUCAGAUAUUUCUAAUUUGUUUUCAUUGCAGUAUCUUGAUUUAUCUAGGACAGAGAUAAAGAAGUUGCCAAUUGAGAUAAAGGAUCUCAUAAAAUUGAAGAGUUUGAAAUUGUAUUGUACACAUAAACUCUGUUCCAUUCCACGAGGACUAAUAUCAUAUGGUAAUGAGUCCUUGGUAGAGGAAUUAGACAGUUUGAAAUACUUGACCACUUUACGUACCACCAUAGCAAGUGCUGCCGUGUUGAAGAGAUUUUUAAGUUCCAAAAAGUUACUGAGUUGCACUCAUGCUCUAUGCCUCAUGAUCUUCAAUGGUUCAAACUCACUCAAUUUAUCAUCUCUCCAAAAUAUAAAGCAUCUCACUUGGCUUCGGAUGGAAGAUUUUAAUACGUUGAGAGAGAUUACGUUUGAUUGGGUAGGGAAAGGAAAGGAGAUAGUGGAGUGUAGCAAUCUCAGCUCAAUGGUGGAAUGCUUCCAUGGCCUUGGCACUGUGCACAUCUAUAGAUGCCAGAUGUUGAAAAAUCUGACAUGGCUUGUUUUUGCCCCACACCUCCUAUAUCUUACAAUAGAAGAAUGUGAUAAAAUGGAAGAAGUGAUAGGUAAAGGUGCAGAGGAUGGAGGAAAUCUGAGCCCUUUCACGAAACUCAUACGACUGCAAUUAUUUUGUCUACCACAACUGAAGAGUUUGUAUUGGAAUCCCCUGCCCUUUCUUCACCUAGACAGGAUUGUUGUAGGCAGCUGUCCAAAGCUGAAGAAGCUGCCACUCAACUCCAGCAGUGCCAAGCAACAUAGAUGUGUGAUUAGAGGAGAGGAAGAAUGGUGGAAUGAAUUAGAAUGGGAGGACGAAGCUACUCUAAAUGCUUUUCUUCCCUGUUUCGAAGCCACAUUUGAAUAA